AUGGAACUAGAUGGACCCAUACUUACCCAAACAUGGAUUCAUAGGUUCUCCAUAUUUCUUUCUCCUGAUUCUGUGUGCCCACCAAAUUCAAGCAAUAGUCUAAAAGGGUUUUCACAAACUUCUGGGCUCUCUUCUUUGAGACCUUCUUCUAUUCCACCCCCUUUGGCAUUGCCUAAGUUUUCCAGCCUAUCUCUACUUCCUUCCCAAACUUCUCCACAGCCUUACACUGAACCGUCACCAAAUAGAAGGGUUUCACCUUCUCUUGCAGAGCGUAGAGGCAGUCUAAAAAAGUCUCUGAAGCUGCCAGGUUUAGCUGGUUCCAGUAGAGGCACAACGGGUUUCACUUUACAGCCGGAUGAUGGUAAUGACAUUGUCUUCAACUUGGAGGGUGUUAGAAAUGGUGAUCUCAAUCCAUUAAGCGAGUGCAAGGAGACAAUACCUUCUAGCAGAAUUGUAGAUUCAGAAUUGCCGCAGAACGAAAUGAGUAAAUGUGAUGAACACGAAUCAGGAAGUGGCGGCAACUUGGGCAAGCCGUUAGCAUGUCGGUGGCCAAGUAUGGAGAUGAUUACAGAACUGAGUAGAGCUUACUUAGAUUCGGAAUCUGCUAUAGGGAUUCAGUUGCCAAGUGAUGAUGUAGGAAAAACCGGUAGUAGGACUUUGUACAUUUGGAUAGGAAAGUCAUUCUCUUUGGAUAACAACUCUUCUCUGUUAGAUAGCAACACAACGUCGGGCACUGUGGAGAAUCUUGAUUGGGUAGAGAUUGGUGAAAUCAUUUUGUCUCAGAUGGACUUGCCAAAAGAUACCCCUAUAAAGAUAGUUAGGGAAGCUGAGGAUCAGACAGAGUUUCUUGCACUGCUGAGUGCGCUGUAG